AUGAGACAAUUAAACGAUGACACAUUUAACAUUCUUACAUCAUUUAAUUGUUAAACUCAUGAAUCUUAUGGAGCUAUAACCGGGUAGUAUUUAGUAUUUUGGGAUAAUGAAUAUAAAAAAUACUCAUCAUAUGAAAUAUUUUAUAAAUGA